UGAAUUUUACGAGGGAGAUAAGAAUGUUGAAAACCAAAAAGAAAAAUAUCAUUUGAAAAGGUUCACUUCACCGCCCGCGCGAAACUCAGAAGACCGAAAAUUUCAUUUUUAAAGCUGAUGAAAAAACAAGGCCAAAUAGAAAAUCAAAGGCUUUUUCCAAAUUAGAAGAAGAAGAAAAAGAAUGGCACAAGCAGCAAGGCUUAAACUACGAAUGCAAAAGGAGCUAAAGCUCCUUCUCACAGAUCCUCCUCAUGGCGCUUCCUUCCCUUUUCUCUCCCCCCACUCUGAUCUUUCUAAUCUCUCCUCCAUCAACGCCCAAAUAGAAGGCCCUGAAGAAACUGUAUAUGCCAAAGGAAUUUUCAAGAUUAAGAUUCACAUACCUGAAAGGUACCCGCUUCAGCCUCCGAUUGUGACUUUUGGGACGCCCAUUUAUCACCCCAACAUAGAUAAUGGAGGUCGAAUUUGCCUUGACAUUCUCAAUCUUCCCCCCAAGGGGGCAUGGCAACCUUCGUUAAACAUUUCAACAGUGCUUACAAGCAUAAGGCUAUUGCUCAGUGAACCAAAUCCUGAUGAUGGCCUAAUGUGUGAAGUAAGUAGGGAAUACAACUAUAAUAGACAAGCUUUUGACCAUAAAGCAAGAUCCAUGACUGAGAAAUAUGCCAAGGCAGGAGGUGGAGAAAGCAGUUGUAGCAAUCAAUGCGCUGAAAAUAACACAGAUACAGGGGUGAUUGAAGUUCAAGGAUUAGACAAAGAAUCAGAACAUGGUACUAAUGAGUUUAUUCCUAGCCAUAAAAAAACACAUGGCAUUAGCCAGAAGUUAUCACUCGAGUCUACUCUUUCAACCAAGAGAAAGGAUGGUGAUCAGGAGGUGAAUGAGGUUCCUAAUCACCACUUGUUUCCCUGUGACGAGAGAAAUCAGAUGGAAGGUAAGAGAAAAAGAGAAAAGGAAAAUGAUGUGCUGAAUGAAUGCAAUCUGAACAAUGAGAAAAUUAAUAGAAACGGGCGGAAAUCAUCUCUGAAGUCUUCUAGUCAAUUCAAGGACGAUUUUGAUAACAAGGAGAAUGUGGACCCAAAUUACUCAUCCUCACUGAGUCAACAUCAGCCUUCUUUUGGAUCAUUACUUUCUCAGGCUAGCCGCAAUCAACAACUUGACCAGCAUCAAGAUGGUAAAUCAGCAAACAUCAGCAUAAAGAGCAGUUCAAAACUUUGUCAAAGCCAGAAACAGCAAUUUGGGUCUGUGGAGUCAUUGCAAACAUGUGAAAAUGUGAAAAUUCUUGGGAUAGUUGAAGAGGAUUUUGUUGAUAGAAAGGAAAACGUCUCUGCUAAUACAAAAUCGGAGAAGCUUUUACUGAGACUGAAAGGCUUAUCACAUAGACAACAAGAGAGUAAUAAAGAGAAUGUGAUGCCACUAUCGAAACCCCAAACUCUUGCAAAGAGUAGGCUUGGUGGUAAGCUAUCUCUAGGUUCUUCAACCCAAGUGCAACAGGAUUGCGGAGGUUACCAGAAGCAGCAGUCUCAUCAAGUUGUUCAAAGUUUGGAAAUUGAUAUGGGGAUAAAGCAGAAGGGAACAGAAGAAACAGAAGAAUUUUCAAUAUCUGAAACUGUAGUUGUGCUAGAUAGUGAAGAAAGCGAGGAGGAAGGGCAUGGUGCCCUAGUGAGGACGAGAAUGCCACUAGCACGGAAGCGCCUGGGGAAGUGGAGAGUUGAGGCUUGAAACACAUAGUUAUAGUUUCCAAUCUAUGCGAAGUCUCUAAUAUAAUUUGGGCUCUUUUUGGUAUUCGAAUAGAUGCUUCCUUGAGUGAAACUUUUUUAAAGUGUUUAAAGACUCAAAUCUCAAUGGUGCAUAACAUGAUUGAUGGUUGUAUUCACAAUAGAAUCAAGGCAAGAGAUUUUGCAUUUUCAUGUAUUUCCUUCUGUUACGUUUAUGAGGAAACGUUGAAUCCAAAACUAAAAGUCCAUUUUGGUUAAAAUUACUCCAAUAAUCUGAUUCAAUUUUAGGGUUUAUUUUGGAUGCCCCGUGAAUUC